UCCCGCCGCCGCCGCGUCCUGCCCCGGGCCCGGCUGCCCUCUGCCUCCCUCGCGUUACCCGCUCGUCGCCCACCCGCCCGCCCGGCCGGAGGGAGGCAGGCAGGCAGGCAGCAUGCAGCGGGCCGCGCUCUUCAGCGGCGGCGAUGCGCAGAUGGCCGCCGGGGACCUGGGCGAGCUGCUCGUCCCUUACAUGCCCACGAUCCGGGUGCCCAAGUCAGGGGACCGGGUCUACAAGACGGAGUGCGCCUUCUCCUACGACUCGCCUGAUUCAGAAGGAGGUCUCUAUGUGUGCAUGAACACGUUUCUGGGAUUUGGAAGGGAACACAUUGAAAGGCAUUACCGGAAAACAGGACAGUGUGUAUAUUUACAUCUGAAACAACGUGUGAUAGAGAAGGUACCAGGGGCAUCUGGCGGAGCUUUACCAAAAAGGAGGAAUGCUAAGCUAUUUUUAGAUCUAGAGACAAACAGUGAUCUCAACAGCGAUGACUUUGAAUAUGAAGAUGAAGUAAAACUCGUUAUAUUUCCUGAUCACUAUGAAAUCUCAUUACCCAAUAUAGAAGAGUUACCAGCACUGGUGACAAUAGCUUGUGAUGCACUCCUCAGUGCAAAAUCACCCUACAGGAAACAGGACCCUGACUCCUGGGAAGAAGAGCUACAGGCAUCUAAACAUGCCAAAACACUUGUACAGUUAGACAAUGGUGUUAGAAUUCCCCCCAGCGGUUGGAAAUGCUCAAAAUGUGACUUGCGGGAGAAUCUGUGGCUAAACCUGACAGAUGGUUCUGUGCUGUGUGGAAAGUGGUUCUUCGAUGGCAGUGGGGGGAACGGGCAUGCAAUGGAGCACUACAAGGAGACAGGUUAUCCCCUGGCAGUGAAGCUGGGAACCAUCACUCCUGAUGGAGCAGAUGUCUAUUCCUUUGAUGAAGAGGAGCCAGUUUUAGAUCCGCAUAUAGCAAAACAUUUGGCACACUUUGGAAUUGAUAUGCUGCAGAUGCAAGUGACAGAGAAUGGGCUAAGAGAUAAUGAUAUAAAACCCAGAGUCUCUGAAUGGGAAGUGAUUCAGGAAGCUGGUGUGAAACUCAAGCCCAUGUAUGGCCCAGGAUACACUGGAAUGAAGAACCUAGGAAAUAGCUGCUACCUCAAUGCCGUCAUGCAAGCCAUUUUCAGCAUCCCAGAGUUCCAGAGAGCGUAUGUGGGAAACCUUCCACGAAUAUUUGACUACUCUCCUCUUGAUCCAACACAAGAUUUCAACACUCAGAUGGCUAAACUGGGACAUGGCCUCCUUUCAGGCCAGUACUCUAAGCCACCCAUGAAAUCUGAGCUUAUUGAGCAGGUGAUGAAAGAAGAACACAAGCCUCAACACAAUGGAAUAUCUCCCCGAAUGUUUAAGGCUUUUAUAAGUAAAGGCCACCCAGAAUUUUCCUCUAACAGACAACAAGACGCACAGGAAUUUUUCCUACAUCUUAUAAAUCUAGUAGAGAGGAACCCUGUAGGUUCAGAAAACCCUAGCGAUGUUUUCCGGUUCCUGGUGGAAGAACGCACACAAUGCUGCCAGUCCAGAAAGGUCCGCUACACAGAGAGGGUGGACUAUAUCAUGCAGUUACCUGUUGCCAUGGAGGCAGCAACAAACAAAGAUGAAUUAAUUGCCUAUGAAUUGAAGAGGCGAGAAGCAGAAGCUGCAAGGAGACCUCCACCAGAGCUUGUCCGUGCCAAGAUCCCAUUUAGUGCGUGUCUGCAGGCCUUUUCUGAACCAAACAACGUAGAGGAUUUCUGGAGCAGUGCCCUUCAAGCAAAAUCUGCAGGAGUUAAGACUUCUCGUUUUGCUUCGUUUCCUGAGUACUUAGUGGUGCAGAUAAAGAAGUUUACCUUCGGCCUUGAUUGGAUACCCAAAAAGCUUGAUGUUUCUGUAGACAUGCCAGAUUUCCUAGAUAUCAGCCACCUUCGGGCCAGGGGUCUUCAGCCAGGAGAAGAGGAACUUCCAGACAUUGCUCCUCCCAUUAUCAUUCCCGAUGACCCAAAAGAUCGUAUGAUGAACCGUUUUGUGGAAUCUCUAGAUAUUGAUGAGUCUUCAGUUAUGCAACUGGCGGAGAUGGGGUUUCCUUUGGAAGCAUGUCGGAAAGCUGUGUACUAUACAGGCAAUCUGGGUGCUGAAGUCGCUUUCAACUGGAUCAUUGCACACAUGGAAGAACCAGACUUUGCUGAGCCAUUGGUCAUACCUGCAUUUGGAGAAGUUGCUUCCAGUGGAGCAGCUGCAUUUGGAGCUGUUGGGCUAGAUAACCAACCUCCUGAAGAGAUGGUUGCAAUUAUCAUUUCCAUGGGCUUCCAAAGGAAUCUAGCAAUUCAAGCGCUGAAGGCAACAAACAGUAAUUUGGAGCGUGCGCUGGAAUGGAUCUUCAGUCACCCUGAACUCGAGGAAGAAAAUGAGCCUGCUUUGGACAUGAUGGAUAUGGAGAACAAUGCUAAUGCCAAUAUCCUUGCAGACACAGGGUCAGAGGGACCCAGGAUCAAAGACGGAUCUGGAAGAUACGAGCUGUUUGGGUUCAUCAGCCACAUGGGAACAUCCACAAUGAGUGGCCACUAUGUUUGUCAUCUCAAAAAAGAAGGAAGAUGGGUGAUCUACAAUGACCUUAAAGUCUGUGCCUCAGAACGACCUCCCAAAGACCUGGGCUAUAUAUAUUUUUACCACAGGAUACCAAGUUAGGCCUCAAAUCUAUUACUUGGCCUUAAGAAGCCAUAAGCCUUUUUAACCUGCCCAAAAAACCAUACAAUAAAAAAGAAAAUCUAAAACCAACAGAAGACCCCUAACCCUUGGACUGCCAAAAAUCAAAAGAAAACAUGGGAUAUUUAUAGUUUAUUUAAAAACAGUCAUUUGAUUCUGCCUUAAGUGUUAGAAGGAAAAUUUCUAUUAGGUGAUGUAUAGUACGUUGUUUUAAAUUUAUACAUCUUAAAGGAUACCUUAAAACCAUGCAGAUUACUGGUGGAGUUUGCAGCUAGUAUAUGGAGAAAAUGGAAGUUUCAGAGUUGAACAAAAAUAGCCCAGUUGAGCCCAGCUCCUGCCUGUUCUGUCCAUGCACCCACUGAAGACCACAAAGAAAUAUUUGUAUCUUUGGUGAGUGGGAGCCAGUGUUUUCAAACAGUCCAGACCACUUAGAGAAAUCAUACUGCAUAUAAAGUUGGAGGGGGGGGAGGUAUGUGAGUGCUCUUCAGGGCAGAACGUUUUAUCUGAGAGAUGAUUUUCAGUACACUGAGAAGAGCCAACUAAAUUUAUCUGUUGGAAUUCAGUUUUAUAGUAUUUUGGUUUGUCUUUUUGAUGCAUAACCUAAAACUAAUUAAGAUGGAAGAAAUCACCUGCUAGUGCCCUGUACAUUUUCUGCCAAAGAGUACAUUUGAUUUUUGCAGAUACAGGUUUUUUUGUCUUCUGUUCUAUGUUUGUUUUGCAAAUUCUUCCAACAGAUUCAGGAUUACAGAUAGCUAGAAGAAGCAGACUUUCUGACUAUAAAAUUAAAUGUAUACCCUCAGGAAAGGCAAGGCUAUUAAGGCUAUUAUUUAAAUUUUAUUUUCUUAUGAAGGAGGUAAAGAAGGGGUUAAUGUCCCAUUAUAUUUAUUUCAGGGAAAUUUGCAUCUAGACCACUCACAUUCCAGCUGAAAUCAACUCCCUGACAGAGUACUCACAGUGCAAUUCUGCUUUCUGCCAAAGAUUGCUUAAAUAUUUAGUUCCAUCCAUGAGUGGGGGAAACUGCUUAGUAAAACUGCUGAUUUAUUGAUUUGCCCCUCUCUGCUUCCUUUAAAAAAACCCACGACAGAAAAACAACAGAAGCCAAAGAACAAAAAACAACAAAAAACCUUUAAAAUGAUAUUUCAGCUUUCUUAAAUCUUGCAAACACACCAAUAAUCUCAUUUCUUCAACAGAUACCUUCUAAAAGGAGUUUUAUAUCUAUGGCAGGGAUGAAAGGGUAGGUAGGUAGGGGCUGGCCUUUCCUGUCUUUUUUUUUUUGGGGGGGGGGUGUUUGUGUCACAAGCAAGAAUAUAUAUGUGGGGUUUUUUAAUUGUAUUUGAAAACACUAAUUCUAGAAAAAAAUACAACGGUGAGUGCAGAACUUUUCAUGAUUCCAAAAAACCCCCAAAGAUUCUCAGUGUUGGCCACUGCAUAGAGACUGUUGCUGGAGUUGCCUCAUAUAAUCUUACUGAGCCCUCAAAAUAAAUUGGAACAGUCGGGAAAAAAAAAACAAAAAAAAAAAACAAAAAAAAAAAAAAAAACCAAAACAAAAAAACAAACAUAUAUAUCUUCCUUACAGAGUGCAAGAGAGGCAGGGAGGUGUAAUUACAUUUUCUCUGCAGUCAGUGCCUGCAAGUUUAAUAGCAAAAUUGAGGCAGCUACGUGCUACAGGAGAGAACCUAAAUUAAAAAUCUGGUUAUGAGUAGGGCAUUUUUUUUCCAGUGUUUGGGGAAAACCAGUUCUCCCUCUGGUCACAUAGCCUCAUGCAGAGCCAAAAAACAGUUGUUUUUUUAAAAUCAUGUUUUGAUCGUAAAAAAUGGAGAGAAAUUCUAGUGCAAUAAUUCUGUAGAAUGUAAAUGGUACCUAAUUGCUGGGAAGCUUCCUGCCCUUAGUGCUCUUAUUGACACAGAAGAAUGGCAUCCUAGCACAUUAGUAAGUGGCUCCUGUGAGAUACAGCUGCCUUGUAAUUAUUGAGCCACCAGUUCUGGACAAAAUAAAAGCUGCCAGUAAUUGUUUUAUUUCUUCCAGGUUUUGAGUACUUGUGUAUUUCACCAGAAAAUGCCAGAUUUAAAAACGGGAUCAGCAAAUUACGCAGUGAUCCAUCUAUUUAAAAUGAAAGAACAAAAUUUCUGUACACCUGUGUUUGGGCUUUUUCAUUCUGGCAGUAGAAAAAGGACAAAAGGCCUCUGUUUUUAAUUUUUGUUCUUUUUUUAAUUUUUUUGAAUGCCCGGUUACAUUCCAAGGAAGUUCAACACAACAGCUUCCCCUCUUGGCUCAUGAACUUAAAGGGCUAUUUAUAAACUAAAAAGAUCUGGUGGCCACUACCUUUUUAUUUAGAAACCUUGGGUAAAUAAAGGCCAACAGACUAGUUCCCAUCUUCAUUAUUAAACUGGAAACAUGGCUGGUCUCGUAGGACUAAGGGUGGAGCUUGGACUCCUGCAAACCGUUUGUCUGGUACAUCUGAGAACUGGAAUGGCUGUGGGUCUGAUGGAUCUCGGUUAAUAGGAGGCACACUUAGAAAGCUGGCAGGUGAUAAACUGGAAAUGGUAAAUGAAAGGGGAGAGCCAUUUGCUGGCUGUGAUAGGUGAACUGUAGCAGCUCAGCUUCCGAAAGUCCUUUCAGUUCAUCACUCUUAUGCACUGCCUGCCUAAACUACCAAGUGGGUCAGAAGUGCAGGGAGCAGUUUAGGGGAAAAGCUUAUGGAUCUUCUAAAAUUUAGCACUUGAAAAUAUAUUAAAUGUCCUUCAGCUGUUUGAGGAAUUAUUUUACUAUCUCCCGAAGUAGUGGCUUCCCUCCUUUUUCAAACAGCCAGUUAAGUCAUCUUACUUUUGUGAUGAGAUAUGUGUGAAGAACAUAAUGAAUCUGGAGAAGCAGGAUGUAGACUCCUGACACUUCAGCCUAAUGUGGGGGAGACGAGUUUGUUUUGAUUGUUUGUUUGUUUUUAAAUUUCAGCAUGCAGAAGCCACCCUCAAACAAACUGUACUGAAUAGAGGAUGAAUUUAUCAGGCUUUGCCUGCUAAAAUUAGUAUGCACUUAAUUGUGCUGGGCCAGGCCUCAGUGCAUGGCCUGAGCAGUGGUUGAUGGGGAAACUCCAUGUGUCUGGGUACUGUAAUAGCUGUUGGGGGGUUAGGCAUGCUGGGAGCUUCUUGACAAAAAAGGAUGGAGGGAAAAAAGUCACCGUGAGCUGUUUGAGACAGUCUCACCUGAGAAUUUUGGCAAGCCAGAACUUGACAGCAAGUAAUGUUCUUAUUUCUUGGACUGAUUUUUAUUUUUUCAUAUGAUACAUUUUAGAUUAGGAAAGGGGAAGGAAGUAAAACUCAACAACUUUUCCUUGGUUUCCUUUUCUCCUCCCAUUCCUAAAGCGUGCUGGAUCCAGGAGACCCCUCAUUUUGAGUCACAAUCUCCAGUCACCAAAACACCUGUAGACACAAAGUCCUAUUUAAUCUUCCUAGCUAAAAUCAAAUUCAGAUAAAAAAUUUAUUCAAAGCUAUGGUUUUAAAACAAGUCUAGAUAUUUCCAGACUACUAUCACUUGUAAUUCUACUGUGUUUGGUGGCAUUACUUCUGACUGACUUUGGUGUAACUGAAAUGAGCAUCAGUGCAGUUUCUUUGAUUCGGGCAGCCUCCACUGGGUUGUAGUGCACAUUUUGAAUACAGAUGCAACCAGAGCUUGUUAGAUUGUUUUAGAAGCAUCUCCAAUUCAUUCCUUUCGCUCUCCAUUCUGACAGCAAGCAUUUUUCUCUUAUUUGCUAUUUUCAUGCAUUGAAAGACUAUACAAAAUAUGUAACUGGACAUAACUUUUUAUUCUUUUCCCAUCACCCUUCCUACCUUAAUGGCUGAGAUCAGUUUCUGAUUACUAUUCACUCCUCAGUGGUUUUACUGUUGUAUCCUGGAAGCGUCUGUACUGGUUUACUUUGCACCAUUCAGAGUUGUUUGCUUGAAGCACUGUUAACAUUUUGGAGAGUAAUUGUCUGAGAUGAUAAAGGUUGUGAAUGACAUUGUUGCAACUGUUUUAAAUUAAAAAGAAAUAUUCUCA